UUAUGCAAGAAGAAAAGAAGAAUUUUGUUAUUCCACAACCAUCGCAACAGCAAAUUUAUAUGAAUGGCGGUGACAAAUAUACUAUUAAUGGUACUAGUAGUAGUAGUCAUACAACAGAAAAUUCAUUUUACAAUAAUAAUAGUAAUCCAAUAAUAACUUCAAAUAAUCAUCAUCAUCCUUCACUUUAUACAACAACAACAGCAGCACAACAUCAGCAACAACAUCGCCAUCAUCUUCAACAACAAUUACAACAUCAUUCCAGUGUACCAAUGAUGACUUCCAUGCCAGGAUUACAUCAACAGAACCAUCAAAAUUAUCAUCAAAAUAAUGGUAAUUUUCAUCCUUCAAAUUUUCAUCCUCAGCAGCAAGGAGGUGGUUAUCUUCAACAACAUCAACAUCAGAAUUUUAAUUUUCAACAAAAUAAUUUUCAAAAUCAUUCAAAUUUUGGUGGUGGUGGUGGAAGUUUGAAUUAUGGUUCUUCUUCAAUUUUAACAACAACAGCAACAACAAAUGAUGGAGGUGGCGGUGGUGGACGACAGCAACAACAGCAGCAAAAUCCAAACAAUAAUCAUAAUACUUGGUUGCCUGUUCCACCAGGAUUUUCUCCGCGUUCAUCAACGGGUUCUUCAGGCUUUUGA